UGACGUCAUUUAAAGUUUACAUGUGUGGCAUGAGGGAAAAUGGCUGCUGGUAAAGAGCAUCAGCAAGCUCAUCGGCCUGGCGUUUACAAACAGAAAAAUAAACAGCACAAACAUGGAAAGCAUCGAACGAAGGGAGAGAUCGGACGUGAGAACAAGGGCAGAGUUGCUGUUGUGGCUCUCUCCAAAAAACAACGGCGAGAGCUGAGUAAGAUGGACAGGAGACACAAAGCCAAUCAGCUGCGUCGCAACAAAAAGGACUCGGUGCUGUCAGAGAAACGCCGGCUGGGCAGCAGAGACGGGCCGCCUCACCUGGUGGCUGUGAUUGGACUGCACGCUCAGGUCGAUGUUGCUGCCGUGACCUGGCUUUUGAGAGCAGAUGGGAUCGGAGGAGUGCUGCAUGAACACCAGGGAACUCCAGUGGAACGGGACAGCUUUGGCCUCGUCCUGCCACGCUUUAAACAAAGAUUCACUUUCUAUCGGCCUGACACAGCUGAUCUGCACACUCUCCUUGAUGUGGCCAAGGUAGCAGACAGUUUAGUGCUUGUGCUCGAGUCCAAAGAGGGUUGGGACAGUUAUGGAGAUUACUGCCUUUCCUGUCUCUUUGCACAAGGAUUACCCAGUCAUGCUUUGGUGUUUCAGGGCAUUGCUGACCUGGCAGUGAAGAAGCGGACAGAAUCUCGACGUGCACUGUCCCGCUUGGUCGAGGCUCGUUUUCCAGACGCACAUCUCUUCCCUAUGGACACAGAGCAGGAUGCAGUUCUGCUGCUUCGCCACCUGGGGGCACAGAAACAGAGGCGACUGGCCUUCCGCUCCAAACGCUCACACAUGCUAGUUCAAAAUGCAUCUUAUACCCCAAACAGUAAGCAGGAAGGCACAGGAGGGCCACCUACAGGACUGGGCACUCUGAGGGUGUCGGGGUAUAUCCGAGGCAGAUCUCUGCAGGUGAACAGACUGGUACACAUUGCAGGCCAUGGGGACUUUCAGCUCAGUCAGAUCGAUGCAUCUACAGACCCUCUGCCCAUUGUCACAGGUACACAACGACCUGUAAAACCAGCCAAAGGACAAGAUGUGGAGAUGAUGGACAGGGGUGCAGGAGAUGUAAAUGAAGGUGGAGGAGAGGUGCGUGUGUUAAUGAAGUCGGACCCCUCUCAAAGAGAGAGCCUGCAGACAGAAGCUGAGGUUGAUCCUAUGGAUGGAGAACAGACUUGGCCUACUGAGUCUGAGCUUCAGGAGGCUGAAGAAGCCAGGAAGAAACGAAGAGUCAUGAAGGUGCCAAAGGGCACUUCAGACUAUCAGGCCACAUGGAUCGUGGAUGAUGAUGAUGAUGAUGAAGAGAAUGAAGAUGAUGAAGAGGAUGAUCUGGACAGCUGCGAUGAUGACGAUAAAGAUGAUGAUGAUGAGAUGAUGGAAGAGGACGAUGAAAAUGAGUCUCAGGAUGGUGAUGCUUGUCAUGAUACUGGAAAGGAUGAUGGUGAUGAGGAUGAGGAGGAAGAGGAGGAAAUAAGCUCUGCAGGCCACGUCGGAGCUGAGCAGAAGUACGACGAAGCCAUGGAUGAGGCUGAGGAGGAAGAUGGGCUGAAGCGCUAUCGUGAAGCUCGCUCACAUGAAAUGUUCCCUGAUGAAGUGGAUACACCGUUAGAUGUUCCUGCUAGGACAAGAUUUCAGAGGUACAGAGGUCUGAAGAGUUUCCGCUCCUCUCCAUGGGACCCCAUGGAGAACCUGCCUCUCAACUACUCACGCAUCUUCCAGUUUCAGAACUUCGAGCGCACACGCCGCCGCGUCCUGGCCGAGGCAGCCGCUGAGGAGGAAGGGGCCAUGGUUGGCUGGUACGUGACUCUGCACAUUGAGGACGUUCCAGUCUCAGUGAUGGAAAGCUUUCAGGCAGGCAAACCCCUGGUGCUGGUCUCCCUGCUCCCACAUGAGCAGAAGAUGUCAGUGAUGCAUGUGCUGGUACGACGGCAGCCUGGUUUCACAGAACCCAUUGCGUCCAAAGAGGAGCUGGUGUUCCAGUGUGGCUUCAGACGCUUCCGAGCUUCUCCAAUCUUCUCUCAGCACACCAGCGGGGACAAGCAUAAGAUGGAGCGUUUUCUCCGUGCUGAUGCACCUAUGGUUGUGUCCGUUUAUGCUCCAAUCACGUUCCCGACUGCCGGAGUCCUGCUCUUCAAACAGAGAGCCAAUGGAAUGCAGGACCUGGUGGCCACGGGCAGCCUUCUGAGCUGUGACCCUCAGCGUGUGGUGCUGAAGAGGAUUGUGUUGAGCGGACACCCCUUCAAGAUUAACCGCCGUUCCGCCGUUGUCCGCUACAUGUUCUUCAAAAGGGAUGAUAUUCUGUGGUUUAAGCCGGUGGAGUUGCGCACAAAGUGGGGCCGGAGAGGACACAUCAAAGAGGCUUUGGGUACACACGGUCACAUGAAAUGCGUGUUUGACAGUCAGCUGCGUUCACAGGACACGGUGCUGAUGAGCCUCUAUAAAAGAGUGUAUCCUCGCUGGACAUAUGAUCCUUACGUGCCUCAUCCUGUGCCCUGGGUGAAGAAAGAGGAGUCUGAAGAUCUCCAUGAUAUUGACAUGGAGUAAAGAGAGAAGGAUUGAUGAUUAUGGACAUGACCUUCACACUAUUGGCUUCUAUCACAGUGUAUACAAUUCUAAUGGAAUAAAUCAAUUAAUGAAAUCGAA